AUGAGUUCUGAAAUAAAUAUUAGACAACUGUUAUAUUUUAAAUCUUAAGAUUCUAGUAUCUACAAUAUUUAUAUAGAUACUCCUUUAUAAACAUAGAGAGCUGUUAAAACAACUUAACAUAAAUUAAACAGAUUUAGAUCAACAGGCUUAAGUGAUUUCAGAUUCUCAACAAUCCAUAGUUAAACACCUGUUGUAAAUAAUUUGAGAUAUGGUUUUAAUGUAGAUGAUCAUUAAAAUAAGAAUUCUUAAAUACAUUUCUUAGAAGUUUAUGAUCAUCCUACAAAACAUGUCAAUGUAAUACUAUAUUAAUCUAGAGUUAUAUUAAUGAAAGUAAAAAGAAUAUAGCUUAAUUAAAAGACUAAGCUAAUUAAAUUAGAUUAGAAAUGUCUUCUUUAAGUUAAAGAUAUGAAUAAGAAUUAAAAAAUAUAGAAAUACAUUUUAGAGAUAAUCUAAAAAAAAAGUAUCGUAAUCUUAAAGAGGAUAAUGUUAUGUUUAUGGAAGAACAAUAUAAAUUAACAAAAGAAUAUAUGUAAUUAUUGAAGGCAAAAAUGAAUAUGGAAGAAAAACAAAAAUUACUAAUGAAUCGUGUUGGUUUAUUAGAGAAAACAUUGUAAGGAGUAACACUAGAAUUAUAAUCAUGA